AUGGUGUGUCGGCAGCGGGGCUCCGGAGGCUGGACCUCAGAAUCUGUGUCUGCUGAGGGCCCCUUCCUGGUUGACAAAUGGCUCCUGCUCACCAUUGCUCCUGCCUGGUCCUUCUUCUACGCCUUCCUGAGCCUCCUGGUCAGCGCCCUGGUGGUGGUCCUGGUCUUCAUCGCCAGCACCAUCGUGAGUGUGGGCUUCACCAUGUGGUGUGACACCAUCACUGAAAGGGGUACCAUGCCCCACAGCUGCAAGGAGCUCCAGGACCUGGACUUGGAGCUGAGCGUGGACAACUCCGCCUUCUACCAUCAGUUUGCCAUUGCUCAGUUCAGUCUCUGGGCCUCCUGGCUGGCCUGGCUGGCCAUCACGACCCUGGCCUUCCUGAAGGUCUACCAUAACUACCGCCAAGAGGACCUGCUGGACUGCCUGGUGCACGAGAAGGAGCUGCUGCUGGCCAGGCCCCGCGCCUCCUUCCAGGGGGGGAAGAGCGCCGUUAUUUAG